AUUAAAGCUUCUAUAAUACUGUUACGAAUACCGGAGGAAGCAACAGCUAUUAUCAUCUGGAAAGACUGAAAGAGUAAAGAAAACCCUAAAACCCUAAAACCCUAGAAAUUCAGAAUUCAGCUGAAGAAGAAGGAGGAGGAGGAGGAACCAAUGGACUUCGACGAGUACGAAUACCUGGAGAAGACAGUGGAGGAAGACAUAGAUAAAGACUCCUCCAAGAAGAAGAAGGACAUCACCGACAAGAGCGAGAGGAGUUACCGGAAGCCCCGCGACGUCGACGACGAUCUCGACGCCGAUGACAGAAAGAGCAAGAGGUCAAGGGGCGACGACGAGAACGGUGGUUCCAAGAAAGAUCGCGACAGAGACAGAGAAAGAGACCGUGACCGCGAACGUUCCUCCGGCCGUCACAGGAGCGAGAGGGAGAGAGACGGAGAGAGGAAAGACAGGGAUAAGGAUAGAGAGAGGAGGGAUAAGGAUAAGGAUAAGGAUAGGGAUAGGGAUAGGGAUAGGAGAGACCGUGAUAGGGACGGAGAUAGGGAAAAGGAGCGCGAGAGAAGAGACAAGGAUAAGGAGAGAGAGGGGGAAAAAGAGGCGAGGGAGAGAUCCACAAGGAGCAGGAGUCGCUCCGAGAGGGACAGAGACAGGGAGCGAGAUUUCGAAAUGCGCGAUGGCCGGAGAUUUAGGGUUAAGAAAGAGGCCUCAGAACCUGAGGCUGACCCAGAAAGGGAUCAGAGAACUGUUUUUGCCUACCAGAUGCCGUUAAAAGCAACAGAGAGAGAUGUGUAUGAGUUCUUUUCAAAAGCUGGCAAGGUGAGAGAUGUCCGUCUGAUCAUGGAUAGGAACUCAAGACGAUCUAAAGGAGUUGGGUAUAUUGAAUUUUAUGAUGCGAUGUCAGUGCCAAUGGCUAUUGCUCUCUCUGGCCAACUUCUUCUUGGGCAACCUGUAAUGGUGAAACCUUCUGAAGCUGAAAAGAACCUUGUUCAAUCUAAUGCUUCUGGUGGAGCGGCCGGUGUAGCUGGGCCCUAUGGAGCUGUGGACAGAAAAUUGUAUGUGGGAAAUCUUCACUUCAACAUGACUGAGAGUCAGCUGCGGGAGAUUUUUGAACCAUUUGGUCCGGUUGAGGUUGUCCAACUGCCUCUUGAUUUGGAAACAGGACACUGCAAGGGUUUUGGGUUUGUUCAAUUUACUCAUCUAGAACAUGCCAAGGCUGCUCAGAGUUUAAAUGGAAAAUUGGAGAUUGCUGGCAGGACUAUCAAGGUUUCAUGUGUAACAGAUCAUGUUGCAAGCCAAGAUGCAACUGCAAAAUCUGCAGACUUGGAUGACGAUGAAGGUGGAUUGACUUUAAAUGCUCACUCAAGAGCAUUGCUUAUGCAGAGGCUGGCUGGCGCAGACCCUGCAAGGUAUGUCGUUAAUAAUAUUGCUCAUUUUUGUAAAUCUGUUCAUUAUCUUCACAGUUUUCUACUUUGCAGCAUAGGUUUGCCUGUUGUGAAUGGCUCAGUUCCUGCUCAGCAGGCUAUCAGCUUGCCUAUUGGUGCACCAGUUCUACCAACGCUAGUCAUGCCUAAUCCAGUGGUAGAACCUGUAGGAAACCCCAGCGAGUGUUUACUUUUAAAGAAUAUGUUUGAUCCGAGCACUGAGACGGAACCAGAUUUUGAUAUAGACAUUAAAGAGGACGUAGAGGAAGAGUGUUCUAAAUAUGGCCGAGUGAAGCAUAUUUUUGUUGACAAAAAAAGUGCAGGUUUUGUGUAUUUGCGGUUUGAUACAGUGGAAGCAGCAAGUGCUGCUCAACAUGCAAUGCACUUGAGAUGGUUUGCACGCAGGUUAAUUUCUGCUGUCUUCAUGCAACCAGAGUUGUACGAAGCCAAGUUUAAAGGGGAAGUUUGAAGUUCAUACAUGCCUCGAGGCUCCUGAAGAUACAAUAUGCAUUAUUUUGUGGUCUUAGUUUUCAUCCAUUAAGUUCUAGUUUUUAGGAUUCAUGAAUUGUAUUAGAUGUAUGAUUACAGAAAUGAUAAUGUCCUGAUGUUGGCGAUAUUUAUGAUCAGUUUUUGGGCUUUUUAUGGAACUUCAAUUAUUUUCCUACGAAAA